GCCCGUCAGCUGCUACUUUCAGCCAUUUAGAUCUGGCAUCCCUGAGAUCAGCUGAGCCGCGUCAACACUGCCGGGACACCAUCGUCCACAUUAUAUAUAUUUUUCUCCAGCUGCUUCUUGGCUAAAUUGCAUCCUUGUCAGUACUGGUUGAUCAAGACGUGCCAGAAUGGGAGAGAAGAGGAAGGUGCCCCAACUGCUGAAGAGCGUGUUAGAAUGGGACUCUAUUGCAUCCGAGAAGUUUGUCAAGUUUGUGGACCAGAAGUAUGGGCCACUUGUCAAGUAUAAAGGUCAUAUGAAGGGACUGGAGUUCUCCUGUCAUGGUAUACCUUGGCUGGUUGGGACUGCCACCCUCAUCUUUUUCAUUACCGAUUUGUUUCUUCGGCAACUCCUAGUCAACAUUUUCAUUGCACUUAUAAUUGACAUCAUCGUGAUAGCAGUUGCAAAAGGCAUCACUCGACGACGACGCCCAGAAGCUAACAAAAAAGACGAUAUGUUUGGCCAAAUUUUAGUAGAUAAAUUUUCCUUUCCAUCUGGACAUGCUACAAGAGCUGUGAUGUUGAGUAUUCUGCUUCCAAUGCAGUAUGACAUGUUCCUGCCUUUAUCAAUACUUGUGAUGAUAUGGGGUGGGGCUGUGUGCAUCUCUCGUGUGUUAAUGCGGCGUCACCAUCUGCUGGACAUUAUUGGUGGUAUUGUAAUAGGCAUACUUGAAGCUCUACUUGUUUCACAAAUUUGGUUAUCUCCAGAAUCUGCUCAGGGAUUUGUAAAUUUCUUCCUGGAUGAGACACAGGCUGGUGCAAGCUAUGAUGUUUGAUUAAUGUAGAAUUCUUAAUAGGUCAUAUUUUAUGUGGGUGUUAUUUUUUUUGUAAUUCAUUAAUGUAAAUGUGUUUCUUAAUAUUGGGAAACAUUUAGGAAGGAAAACCUGUGUGCUUAAGAUACAAAAUUUGUUUUACUGUAAUCAAUAUUAAAUGACACAGAAUUUUGUAAAUUACGUUAGACAGAAUGUGUGUAUAUUUCACUUCAGUUACAGAUGUUGUUGAACUAUUAAAAGAAGAGGAAAGGGCCAAGUGUGUGUGGUAUGUCCUCCUCAAAACCCACUACCAUAACAUAUGUAAUAAUUACAUGCAGAUUAUUUUUAACACAUGUCUACCUACUUGUUCUGGUCACAAACACAACCUUAUUAACACUGAACAGUUACUUGUUAAGAACUUAUUAAAAUUAAUAAACUUAAUGUUAUUAAA